AUGUCAGGACAGAGCAAUUUCUUAGAUAACUGGGAGGAAAGCUUCAAACUUUACAAGAACGCCCUCGAUUACUUUCAUAUGGCCUACAAAUAUGAGAAAAACCCGAAAUUGAAAUAUCUAAUUCGCAGUAAGAUGGAAGAAUAUCUAGACAGAGCGAAGAAACUCAAAACACACGUCCAGACGCCAGACGACAAGCGUGGCCGACAAGCUGUGGGUGCUAACGGCAAAGGAACUAAUGGCGAAGGAGGCUUCGGAGCCAACGCAGAUGGAGAUGACGCGGACACGAAAAAGCUAAGAGGAGCUCUUUCAACUAAGCCGAAAUCGAGGUUUAUAUACAUAUAUCUGGUGGUAGGUGCAAUCCUGGCGGAAACACCGAACGGCAGUUGGGAUGAUGUGGCUGGGCUGGAAGGAGCGAAAGAAUCUCUGAAAGAAGCGGUGAUCUUACCCAUCAAGUUCCCCCAUCUGUUCACCGGCCAACGAACUCCGUGGAGGGGUAUUCUGAUGUAUGGUCCUCCUGGUACAGGAAAGAGUUAUCUGGCCAAGGUAGUCGCGACAGAAGCAAAGAUCACUUUCUUUUCAGUUAGUAGCAGUGAUCUUGUUAGCAAAUGGAUGGGCGAAAGUGAGCGCUUGGUCAAGCAGCUGUUUACAAUGGCCCGAGAGAACAAGCCCGCAAUCAUUUUUAUCGACGAAGUCGAUUCGCUAUGUGGGACGAGGGGCAAGGGCGAACCUGAGGCGGCUCGGAGAAUCAAGACUGAAUUCCUGGUCCAAAUGAACGGUGUCGGGAAUGAUGCCGAGGGGGUGUUGGUCCUCGGAGCCACCAACAUCCCUUGGCAGUUAGAUAUUGCCAUCCAGCGACGGUUCGAAAAGCGGGUAUUCAUACCCCUGCCUGAUCCGGAAGCUAGGAAGCGAAUCUUUGAAUUGAACGUAGGCACAACACCCUGCACGCUGACACAACAGGAUUAUCGUGAACUGGCAUCACAAUCGCAAGGCUACUCUGCAUCAGAUAUUGCAGUCGUCGUGAUGGUUCCAAGAAUAGAAGACGCAACGAUUUCGGUCAAGAAAUUGACACCAUGUUCGCCCGGAGAUCCGUUGGCAAUCGAGAAGAGCUGGAACGAAGUCGAGGCUACAGAGCUGCUCGAGCCAGCCCUCACUCUGCCUGAUUUCCUCCGAGCUCUACGGAACACUUCGCCAACAGUUAGAGAAGAAUAUAUCAAGCGACAUUUGGAGUUCACCACUAAAUCUGGGGCCGAUGGGGCUUGA